AUGGCUGGAAAAAUGACGUUGUACAAGUUGGUGGUGUUGGGAGAUGGAGGUGUUGGCAAGACCGCCCUUACUAUUCAGCUGUGUCUGAACCACUUUGUCGAAACAUACGAUCCAACCAUCGAAGAUUCAUAUCGCAAACAAGUCGUAAUCGAUCAACAGUCAUGUAUGCUCGAGGUGCUGGACACAGCGGGCCAGGAAGAAUAUACCGCAUUACGAGAUCAGUGGAUCCGGGAUGGCGAGGGUUUCGUAUUGGUGUACAGCAUCACAUCGCGCGCCUCCUUCUCUCGCAUCACCAAAUUCUACAACCAAAUCAAGAUGGUCAAGGAAUCGUCAAGCUCUGGCUCUCCCUCGGGCCCUAGCUACCUGAACUCCCCCAUGAGCGUUUCGUCGGGACCUGCAAUGCCUGUGCCUGUCAUGCUAGUCGGAAAUAAGAGCGACAAGGCCGUGGAGCGUGCAGUCUCAGCCCAAGAAGGCCAAGCACUGGCCAAGGAGCUGGGAUGCGAAUUUGUCGAAGCAUCCGCCAAGAAUUGCAUCAACGUCGAGAAGGCCUUCUAUGACGUUGUCCGUAUGCUGCGCGUGCAGCGACAACAAGCAGCAGGCGGCCGUGGCGCGGACCGUCGCCCGACAGGCUUUGGAUCUGGGCACCGUGACCGCGACGCAGGCGCCGAAUAUCCCAAGAAUCUCCGGACCGACCGGUCGCGACACCGCAGUCGGCUUCAAUGUACUCUCUUGUGA